UUCGCGAGAGAGCCACUGUUUUGAUGUUGCUAGGAUGACAAUUUAGAAAUUGUCAGGCUCGUUUAUCACAACUACCGGUAAAUAAAGAGAUCGGAGCCUGAAAAACGGACAAACAACAAGUGAAAAGUGUGGAAUGGCCAGUUAUUACAGGGAUAUAGAGAGGGAAGGGGCUCUUCCAGCCAUCCGAACCACAUCUGGAGUGAGUACAACAUACGAGUCGAGCAGGAGGGUCAAUUUUGAAGAUGAGCGCUACAGCCGUCCGCGUUCCCCUUCCAGUGGUCUUUACGGACAUCGAUCUGAGAGCCCUUUGUUUCAGCCAAGACCACCUUCACCAGGAGCAUCUGGAAGGAGAUCAGCACAAGAGCUCCAAGAUCAAGUGAAAGUGUUCCGAGAUGAAAUACAGAAGAAGGAUGCCCUUAUACAACAGUUGUCAAGUAUGGAGUCAGUUACCAAGGUUCCUGUAAGAAGUCAAGCAGACUCUAUUCGGUUAGAGCAUAUUUACCUGGGUGAUAGACAGAGCUUGGAUGCAGCCCGUAGUGAACUUGCUGCUCUACAAGUGAGAACAGAAAAACAAGAAAAUAAGAUUAGAGAACUGGAGAACGAGUUAGAAGUUAGAGAUGUCAAAAUUAAAGAGUUACAGUUACAAAUGGAGACAGGUCGUGAGAACGAGCGCCGGCUUCAGUCCCUGGUUGAGUCUCUGCGCAGCCAGGUAGUAGACCUUGAAGGUAGAGCUGGAGCUAUAGAGUCUGUAGCAAGUCGCAGUGAAGUCACAGUAGCAGCAUUACAGAAAGAAAACAAAGCAGCUAAUGAAAGAAUUGUGGAUCUUGAAUCAAGACAGAGGAAGAUACUAGAGGAGAGAGAAGAAGCCCAGGCUAGGGCAGAGCUUGUUGACAGACGUCUCAGAGAGCAUUUCGCACAGUUUGCAAGUAUAUUGAAAUUCGAGAGUAUCUCUGGCGGAGUACCUACACCAGAAGAAAUUAUCAGAAAGAUAUCUGAGCAAGCAGAAGAAAAUGCUAUGCUUAAAGGAAAGCUUCUCACACUAAGUGAAACACUGAACAACUCUGAGCUGGAAACCAAGGCAAGCCGGGAAACAAUCAUGCGACUGGUUUCAGAGAUGGGCAAAGAGCAGCAGACACAGUCAAAAUACGCCACUGAGCUGGACCAUCUUAGAUCUAGGAGCAGGGAGCGUUACCGUAGUUACGAUGACAAUCAACCACGCCCCUUGAGGUCUUGUAUGAAAUCCCCAACACGUCACAGGGAUCGUAGUUUGUCUAGGGAGAGAGAUAGGGAAAGGGCAGCAAGAAAAGAUUACGAGAUGGAGAUAGGAAUGUUGAAAGAACGUCUAGAAGCCUCACAAAGAACAAUCGAUGCUCAAAGAAAUGAACUUGACAUUAGAGACAGUCGCCUCAACUCCCUUGAACUAGAGCUGCGCUCAAAUUCCAGUAAAGUACACAACGCAAGCAGCCAGUUUGUCUACUUCAGAGACCAACUGGCAAAACUUCUUGGCGAUGUAGAUAUGCAUUGUGAUGAAGAAAUCAUCAAACGGAGAAUUGAAACUCUAGUUUAUUCCAGCAGAGAUCUUAGAAAUAAAAAUGAAGAUUUAGAGAUCAGACUGAAAGAGCUGACAGAACAGCUUGAGACCCAGUAUGGACUUCACAAAAGUGCCGCAGCUCGAGCGAGGAAAGCUGAGACAGAUGCUUCAGAACUUCAGUUGCGUCUUCAAUCAGCCGAGGGUGAAUUAGCAGCUGGUGAUGUUAUGAGGGAUGGCUUCAGAUCUGAUAAGGAAUGUUAUAUGAGAUGUUUGCAACGCCUUGGCGAGGCAAUGAAAAUGGAUCGUAUUUCAAUUGAUCUUGGUAUGGACAUGACCAUCGAUGCCCUCAUUGCACGUGCAGAACAACUUGUCAAGCUCGAAAAAGAUGCUUUGGCCGACCGCAGCACACAUAUUUAUAAUCUUCAACGCAAAGUGAAAUCCCUAAAAGAACAGCUAGAAAGCAAAGAUUUACAUAUAGACUUAUUAAGGAAAAAGAUAACUUCACUAGAGGAGAAGAUACUUGGCAAGUCAACAAUCGAGAGGGAGAGAGAUUCAGAGCUGCUGAGAGUUAGAAAGGUCGAGAAGCUGGUGGAGAAAUACAAGAUACAGUUAGGUGAUGCACGGCAGGAAAUAACCAACCUUAAGGCAGAACUUCUAGGAUCUAGUGAACUCAGGGUACGAACAUUAGAGCAACGAAAGGAGACUGAAGAACUUGCACUACAGGUUCAAGAACUCGAGAAACUACGUAGAAAACAGGCCCACAAGAUUCGCGAGUUGAAGCACGAGAUAGACAGUACAACCACAACAUCUCAAGAAAACCGUGUGGUCGCCGACAAUGCUGUACAGGCCCUCUCCAGUGAAUUGAAAACAACAAAAACAGCACUUCUAACUAUACAACAGAGGGAGAAACAGCUGAUAGAUUUCCGUCAAGUGGUUGCAAGAAUGCUUGGUUUGAACAUCAACACGUUGGCUAUCCCAGACUACGAGAUAAUCAGCCGCCUUGAGAAACUCAUUCAGGCUCACCAUAGUCACACGUUCACCACCCUGAGCAUGGAGGAAGCUCUUGCUGACAUGGAAGACGGCUUUUUCAGUGGUUAUGAUGAUUAUAGAAAUACCAUGGGAGCAACCGAGUCACAAAAUAUUCGCAAAUCUCGUGAACGAGUGAAAAGGAAAGCACUCAGAGCAAGGGCCAGGUCAUGUUCACCAACAAGGAGAGUUACCCCAAAAGUUUAUUGAAGUCAUAUUGACUAGGAAAAAUACUUUAUUGAGAACAAUUUCUUGUAGAGGAGAAGUAGAGUAAUACGUACCCUAUCUCAGUGUAGCAACUCUAUCCAUCUUGGCAGUUUCUUUCAAAAGUAGUUAUUAAAAGUAAAUAAACAGUACAAAAUAGGAAACUGUUGGAAAUACCAGUGAAUAUAGGGUAAAUAAGAAAGAGUAGUCAAGUUUGUUGAAUGAACUAACCAUUGUCUAGUGUGUCUGAAUGCUUGUAUUUAUUGUAGUUUCAUUUAUGAGAGGGACAUGAAACAGAAAAGUAGAAGGAAGUGACGCCACUAGUUUGAUAAAGAUGUGUGUGUAGUAAUUCUGAGUAACAUUGUAAAAAGUGUCAAUAAUGUUUUACAUAAUAUAGCGGUUAAUUAAUGCUUCAUUGCAUAAAAAUCUCUGUAUAUGUCAUUUUUGCAUGCCAAUAAACUAUAAAUUUCUUGAUUUAGCAAAAGCAUUGUAUUAAAUGGUUAGAAAAUGAAACUGUAAAUCUUGAUUUUCAUAUUGAAUUAAUGAAGAGAAUUAGAACAAAGUCUAUGGUGUCAGUUAAAGUUUACAAAGUGUGAACAUUUUUCAGUAAAAGUAGGUUAGUAUUUACAGAUUGGCCAAGAAGUGAUGUAAGUUAUUUCUGCUCCUGUUAAAAGGAAUAUUGGUACAAGUUCUUGAAGAUAAAUGCCAGUGAAUGUCAAAUCUAAUUUAGAUUUUUAAAUGUCUCUUUACAAACAUUUCAAAUAUAUAGAACAUGUUAAUCAAACAUUUUUAUACUUAGAGGUAGUUAGAAUUAGAAAUAUUUACAUACAUUGUGUGCAGAAAAUUUACUGCAUUUAUUAAAUGCGCUGUUUUUAUACAGUUCUAGUUAUUUUAUUUAAUUAGGCUAGACAAAAGUAUAUAAAAUGUAAUGCCGAUUUUGAUAUUAUUUCUGCAAAUAUCUGCACAAUGGGUAAUAUAGUUCAGUAUGUUAUGUGUAUACAAUAUACAAGGCCUUAUAAUUUUGGCUCACCAUUUUGAAAGUUGUUUAAGCUCAGAUGUUCGUAUUUGUUGUUAUCCAUUUUCUCCAUUGUAGCCAAUUUCAUAACUUGGUGCUGUCUGGAACGGUAAAAAGAGGCCAUUUGUGUAAAAGAUGGGAAACAUAACAUUUUUGCAUUUUUCCAAAAUUUAAUUUUAUCAGACCAGUUUUUAUUCUUUUUACUUGUUUGAAAUAAAUAACACUUUAAACACUUUACAAUACUGUAGAUUUCAAUGAAAUCAAUUCUGUCAGUAGAAACUAAAGUAAAUCUACUCCCAACUAACCUAACUUUUUUUCUAGGAAUUUUUGCCCCUUAAAUGAUUUUUCAUAGGGUGAACUUUCAGUUGCACUGGUAAUUAGAGAAAGAGUGGAAAAUAUUCUCUGGCAACAAAAAGUGCUCAAAAAAUUGAUUUUUAUGUUUGUUCUUCGCCUUACAGUUUACCUUGUAUGUAGUAAGUAGUUCCUAGUGCAUUUGGGAAUAUGGUGUGCUUAUUGGUGGUUUCUUUGAAUCUUUGUGUAACCAGAAUUUGAAAAGGGAGGGCAUUUUAGGCUGUUGCAUGUAUGAUAGACUAAACCUUGAUCCAGCUGUUUUGGAAAAAUGUUUGUUUUCUUCAUCAUCAGUAAGUUUAAUCCAUUUAAAAUUUAGGAAAAUUAUUUGAUAAAUUAGACAAUAUUAGUUCCACUUUGAGGAUAACUUUAUCUAGAAAAACAAUGGAAUUACUGUUCAAAAUUGUAUUAUUUUCGUUUCAGAGGAAAUAAUAUAACUUGGUUACUUUUAAAUGUUGAUUUUUUUAUGUAUUUUUCUUCUAGGGAAGCGGAAAAAAAAUCAAACAUAAUUAAUGCUCACUAAUAAAUAAAUCUGUUUCAAUGUAAAUAUUUUUGCACAAGCCUUUUUGUAUAUAUCAUUUUCCUUUUAUUAUAUUGUCCAUUAUACAUUUUAAUAUCAUUAUACAUUUGUUAUACAUUUUAUUAUAUUGUACAGAAUAGCUGUUAACUGGACCAUUUUAAAAUCUCAACUACUGACAUAUUUUUCUGUUACUUUGUACUACUUGCAAUAGAUAGUCAUGUAUAGUAAAGUCUGUGAUACCAUCUCUAUGAAUAAAACUACUGCCAGGAAAAAUA